GCACUCAGUUAUUCAGUAACACACACACACACAGCCUGUUGGUCUACUGUUAGCCUCGCUAGCCAGUGUCUGAUCCAUUUUAUGUGCAGAUCUGACACUGCUAGUUAACGCUGGCGAAACGAAGCUUCACCAUCCACACUGUCUUGCUGCUGCUGCUUCUUCUCUCAGUGUGACUGUUUGUCUCAUGGCCGCCCUCCUCAGACGUGGGCUUUUCGUGGCCUUGCAUCACGCCCUUGGGCAAGGCAGCCACUCAGUCUGCCACCCUGCACUGCCUGCUGCUCUUCUAGCCUAGAUCUUGGUUGUAGCCCUGCUGUGAGGUGGUUUGGUUCUACUGGUGGAGCACCUCUCUCCAGCAGCCAUGUCGGGCUUCAACCUGCUGCAUCUAAUAACCAAGAGUCAGCCUGUGGCUCUGAGGCCCUGCAGUCUUCCCUCAGGAGCAUGUAGAACGAAGAAGACAUGGCCCGUGAGCUUCCCUAAGGAGGAGCUGAAGAAGCGCCUCACUCCGGCGCAAUACCAUGUGACCCAGGAGAGAGGAACUGAGAGUGCCUUCACUGGAGGCUUCACUCAUAAUAAAGAUGAGGGGACCUACACCUGUGUGGUCUGCGGCAGCGCGCUGUUCAACUCGGCCACUAAAUUUGACUCAGGAUCAGGUUGGCCGUCUUUCUUUGACCUCAUGAAGGAGGAGUCCAUAACUGUGACGGAUGAUUUCUCCUACGGGAUGCACAGAGUGGAGGCCACCUGCAGCCAGUGUGGUUCUCACCUGGGACACCUGUUUGAUGAUGGACCAAAGCCCACAGGAAAAAGAUACUGCAUUAACUCGGCCUCGUUGGGUUUCCAGCCAAAAGACGCCGCCUCCAGCUCCGAGGGUGGAGCAGCCAGCAGCUCUGCGAGCGACGGGAAGACAGAGCUCUGAGAGACACUGCUUUUGAUUCACGUAUAGGUGUUUAUGUUGUGAGAAUAAGAAAGGUGCUCAGGCGUCAGCCACAGACCACGUAUAAUCCUUCACAAGCUUCCAAAGCAGACAAAGACACAGCUGAUCGCCGAAAAGGGAACUUCGCUUCCCCUAACACUCUUUAAUUUCCAAGGUCGUAGCAUUUGGCCUGCUGAUUUAAACAUGGAUGAAGUGCUGUGUAGUUGUAGAACUUUUUUUGUAUUCUAAAAUAUUUUAUUAGAGUAUAUUUUUGAAGUGAUAUUUGAUACUGAGAGGUAGGUUUAAUGUAUUUGUCUAUACAGGGUCCGGUCAAUAUUCACACAGGCAGUGACAGAGAAUACUUUGACAGAUUUUUGUGGACAAAUAAAGUACUGUGGCCUUCAGGUCACUUGCUUUAAUUGUCGCUUCAGUUUUUUGCAGUGGAAAAUAUUUUCCGUUUGUGUUCACAGCUUGCAAUAAAACAGUUACUGGAUGAAUACAA